AUGAUACUAAUGGUGAUAAUUUUCCUGUUGCUUCUGUUCUGGGAAAAUGAGCUGGACGACGAAGGAGUGGUGUCAACCUUAGAGCACUUGCAUGUGGACUACCCUCAGAGUGACAUUCCUGUAAGGUACUGUAACUCCAUGAUCUUACAAAGAAGCAUCAAGGGACCCGACAACGCCUGCAGAAAGGAGCACAUCUUCAUCCAUGAGAGGCCUCGAAAUAUCAAUAGGAUUUGCUCUUCUCCCAAUAAGAUGGCUUGCCAAAACAAUUCCACCAUUUUAUGCUUCCAGAGCAAGACAAAGUUUAAAAUGACAGUCUGUAAGCUCAUUGAAGGCACCAGAUAUCCUGCCUGCAGGUACCGCGUUUCCCCCACAGAGGGGUUUAUUCUUGUCACUUGUGAUGACAUGGGGCCAGUUAAUCUCCAGAGAUAUGUUGAAUAA